AUGAGCCACGACUCCGGGUCCAGCGCCGGCGCGGGCGUGGAGUCCCUCUCGCUGGACCUGCUGGCCCACGCACUGGCGGGGGUCGGGGACCCGCGGGACCGCAAGUCGUGCCGCCUCGCGAGCCGCGCCUUCGCGCGCGCCGAGGCCGCGUCCCGCCGCGCCGCGCGGGUGCUCCGCCGGGAGGCGCUCCCGCGGGCGCUGCGCGCGUUCCCGGCGCUGUCCUCGCUCGAUCUCUCCGCGUGCGCGGGCCUCGACGAUGCCUCCCUCGCCGCCGCGCUUCCCGUCCCGGGCCCCGGCGCCGGCGCCGCCGAUCCGCCGCCGGGCCAGCUGCUGCUGACCGUCCGCCGGGUGCUGCUCGCGCGGGCCAGCGGGGUCGGGUGGCGCGGCCUGGAGGCGCUCGUGGCGGCGUGCCCGAGGCUCGAGGCCGUCGACCUCUCCCACUGCGUCGCCGCCGGGGACAGGGAGAUGGCCGCGCUCGCCGCGGCGGCGGGGCUCAGGGAGCUCGUCAUGGACAAGUGCCUCGGCGUCACCGACGUCGGGCUCGCCAAGGUCGCCGUCGGAUGCCCCGGCCUCCAGAGGCUCAGCGUCAAGUGGUGCCGCGAGAUCUCCGACAUCGGCAUCGAGCUGCUCGCCAAGAAGUGCCCCCAACUGCGCAGCGUCGACAUCUCCUAUCUCAAGGUGACCAAUGAAUCCCUUAGAUCACUCUCUACUCUUGAGAAGCUAGAGGACAUAGCAAUGGUCAGCUGCUUGUUUAUAGAUGAUGAUGGUCUACAAAUGCUAAGUAUGUGCAACUCGCUUCAGAGUAUUGAUGUAUCGAGGUGUAACCAUGUGUCUUCUCUGGGCUUAGCUUCACUCAUAGAUGGUCAAAGAUUUCUCCAAAAAAUAAAUGUCGGACACAGUUUGCAUGAGAUAGAGACUUGCGUUCUGAGCAAAUUAUCAACAAUAGGAGAAACUUUGACUGUUUUAAGACUCGAUGGCCUUGAAAUCUUUGCCUCAAAUCUUCAGGCAAUUGGUUCUACCUGCAAGAAUUUGGUUGAGAUUGGGCUUAGCAAAUGCAAUGGUGUUACAGAUGAUGGUAUUGUUUCACUAGUUGCUCAUUGUUGUGACUUAAGGACUAUCGACGUGACAUGCUGCCAUCUUCUUACAAAUGAUGCCCUUGCUGCAAUUGCCGAGAACUGUAGAAAGAUUGAAUGCCUUCGACUGGAAUCCUGCCCUUUUAUAAGUGAGAAGGGACUAGAGCAAAUCGCAACCCUCUGUUCCCACCUUAAGGAGAUUGACCUCACUGACUGUCGUAUUAAUGAUGCAGCUUUGCAGCACUUGGCAAGUUGCUCGGAACUGCUGAUCUUGAAGCUUGGCCUCUGCUCUAGCAUUUCUGAUGGAGGCCUUGUUUAUAUUAGUUCAAACUGUGGAAAGCUUGUGGAACUUGAUCUAUACCGUUGUAGUGCUAUUACUGAUGAUGGGCUGGCAGCUGUAGCUAGUGGCUGCAAGAAGAUCAGGAUGCUAAACUUAUGCUAUUGCACCCAAAUCACCGAUGCUGGUUUGAAGCAUGUAAGCGCUUUGGAAGAACUCACAAACCUGGAGCUGAGAUGCCUGGUGCGCAUCACAGGCAUCGGGAUCACCUCCAUCGCCAUUGGUUGCGCUAGCCUGAUAGAACUGGACCUUAAACGCUGUUACUCUGUGGAUGAUGCUAGCCUGUGGGCUCUUUCAAGAUACUCCCAGAACCUUAGACAACUUACUAUCUCCUACUGUCAAGUCACUGGCCUGGGCCUUUGCCAUCUGCUGGGCUCAUUGAGGUGUCUCCAGGACGUGAAGAUGGUUCACCUCUCCUGGGUCUCCAUUGAAGGGUUUGAGAUGGCGCUGCAAGCGGCGUGUGGGAGGCUGAAGAAGCUGAAGCUGCUGGGUGGGUUGAGGUCUGUGCUCUCCACCGAGCUGCUCCAGAUGCUGCAGGCCUGUGGCUGCCCGUGUCCGCUGGGUCGACAAGCCACUGCGUCUACAAGGGAUGAGCUUGAACUGGCCUGUCAAAUCAAGGAGACAGGCAUCCUUGAGAUCAGUAACAGUGCCCAGCUGAGACCGCGUGGCAAGCGCGGAGAGCACCUCUCAAACAGUGCCCAGCUGAGACUGUAG